CAGUCGGUACCGCGAUGAACAUAUCUACAUGGACGCCACACUUUCCCCAGAGAUGACGGAAGAUCUGACUAUCCCAAGAUUCCUUGGUUGCGACGCCAUCAUGAAAAUGAUGAAGCAGUUUGCACUAUUCUUCAACGCCGGAUGGUCCAGUACCUACAUCCACGUGGACGCCACAGAGACGCUGUUUGCGCAAAUCACGGGACAACGACAAUGGAUUCUGAUACCGCCAACCCACGGGAAAUACCUGCAUACGGACGAUUUUAACUAUCACGCAGGGAUCUCUCCAGUCGAACCGGACGCCGUCGACCUCAUCAAAUUCCCAAAUAUUUCUAAAGUCGACAUCUACAAUAUCACGCUGUAUGAGGGGGAUAUUAUCUACGUGCCCGAGGGGUGGUACCACCAAGUUCGCACCAUGGGCGGUCCACCUAACAUGGCGAUGGCUAUUUUUGUCAAUUAUCUACUUUGUUCGGAGGGAGGAGACACGCCAGAUGGAGCAGAGGCGGCGACAACGGCGUGCAUCGCACGGAGGGAGGCUACGCCCAAAGAAAUCACUUGUAAGGAACGCAUGGAAGAUAUGCCAAUGCACGAAUUUAUCGCCCAAUACAGUUAUAUCAACCCAGACGCGAUUGAUGUGGCGUUAGAAUUCGAAUCCCCAGACGGAAAAUUGAGGACGUACAACAGCACACUCAAGAGCGGAUUUGAAAUGCCUUUGUUGGGGUUUGGCGUGAGGGGUCAACCGACUGAAAAGGCGAAAAUAUCCACCGCGCAUGCGUUGCGACUGCAAUACAGUCUCUUCGACACAGACCCAGAUGAUGAAUCCGAGGAGAUUCUAGGGACUAUUUUAGCUUCCACUCCAGAUGUCAAGCGAGAGGACGUUUUUAUCGUCGUGAAAGUCCAUCCAAGAAAUUUAGGGAGGGAAAAAACUAUCGAUUCUGUUAAAAGAUCUCUAACUAGACUGAAAACUGACUACAUUGAUUUGGUACUGAUUAAAGCGCCCUCUUGUGAUGGUAUGAAAUUCAAGUGCGAAGCAGACGAUAACCGUGGCACUUGGAAAGAAUCUUGGGAAUCUUUGGAGGAACUGAUUGAAGGCGGUAAAAUUCGGUCCCUAGGCGUGAGCAACUUUAAGAUGUCUCAGCUUCGAAAACUGAUUGGUUUUGCUAAAUUUCCCCUGUCCGUUGUACAAAGUAACUUUAACUUGUACAACAGGAAAACUAAACUGCGUCAGUUCUGCAAAGACAACGGCAUCGCGUUUAUGGCGCAUGGAUUGAUGGGAGUUUUGGAGACUGAGAACGGCACACGCGAAAGCCCUCUACUGUCCCACCCUAAGGUGGACCUUGCAGCCAAGAAAUACCGCACAACACCAGGAACAAUACUGAUACGAUGGGCCUUAAGCCAGAAUGUGACGGUCACUCCACCGUCGACCAAUCUGGAUCACAUUGCAUUUAACAGACACGCAAUAGUCUUAGAUAUAGCAGAUUCGCCCUGGGCUAUUGAUAUGCUUACUAAAAACUUCCCUCAUGUCGAUUAAGCAGAGGUGGUUGCGUCAUUGCACAGAGAUGAGCUUAUGGCACAGGUCAUUUGGCGGUCCCGGAUAACCAUAUUUCUGUGGUAUUUAUUCUCAUUCUAGAGGGACGUGCUCAAUACGCCAUCGCACAAAAGUAUAUUUGCAGCUACUUUUCAAAUUAUAGAGCUUUAGGCAUUCAUAAUUUUAAUAUAUAAUUUGGACUUGAUAAAAAAAGUCGAACUUUAAGCAUUCUUUUCAGAUGAGAUUGAUAAGAGCUUCGUUGCAAAAUGGAACAUGUUCCAACUGCCCUUAAAGUUAACGAAAGAAAAAAACGGUUCGUACGAAAAAUAAACACGCUAUUCAGACAUAAUGCAUAUAAAAAGAAACAUUAGCAACUUAGCUUGAAAAGUUUUUAUUGUUUCAUUCGCGUUGCACAUACACGCAUUUUUAAAUUUUGCUUUAAAAGGCUUCUUUGCUGGAUUCUUUAAAAGCCGUAAUCUGAAAGGUCAUUAAUCGGAAAUUUCCUUAAUCUGUGGUCCAAAUGAUUAACGCAUUUCAUUCAUGUAUUUCUAUUUUCAAUAAACAGAUAAG